GGACAAAGAUGAGUUGCACGCUAUUGAAAAUGCGAUGCUUUACGUCUUCUCGCCUGACUGUGGCAUCUCUGAGCUCCGUGUGAAGGAAGGGCGAUGGUAAAUUGACCGACGUCUAGACAAGACGGACGUAGUCGGCAUGUUCUGCAGGACAUGAUGCGACACGCCCCGCGUUUGGUUUUCACGCGUUCUGCCCCAGGCGAGUUGUUACGUUUUGCUCUUUGGUUUUUGCAAGAAAACAAGUAUUUGCAAGUUUUCUUGCAUAAAACAUCUGUAGUUAUCCAGGGUUAACCAAAGAUGGAAGUAGAAUCAACAACUAACGUAACAACAGCUCUUAACUAGAGAGCAACCCAUUACUUCUUUUUUUUUUAUGGAGGACACCUCUAUAAAUUCUGUCUGGACACAUCUUAACAUUGGAUUUCUCACCGGAAUGUGCGGCUCCGUGCGUGCAGCUCACCACCAUGGCUUUGCGUUUUUCUUUGAUGUUUUCACAACGUUUGUGCAGUUGCUCGGCACAUGGGGCUGCUUCAUAAAGGUUUGAGACCCUGGAAUGAUCAUCUGGGCGGUCAGGGAUGGUUCCACCUCCAUUCACAGGCUUAAGAGUUGAUGCUGCGUCUUUCUCUUCCAUUGUGCAGCUCGGUUCGUUUAUUUCGCUGCUCUGAGGAGUCGACCACUGUUGGCAGACUUUUGUUGGUUGUUGUUCAACGCGAUUGUUUAGUUCCUAAUGUAUUUUAACAUCAAUUCUGGAAUAUAUUAUGUCCACCGCGGAACUGCUUCUGAUCGUUGAGAAUGCAACUUUUCUCCUUGCGCAAAACAAACUGACUCUUAUGUUCACGCAAUGAAUGCACGGCCACCACUGAAAACAACAAAAGUUGUUUUAAUUUUCUAAGCUCUAAAGGAGGAAUGGAAUUACUCGGUGAGCGACUCAUGCAUGAAAGCCACAAUGUGUAAAAUCCCCACACAUCUCUUUGAGGAUAGCUGUAUAAAGGAUACAAGGUGGCACAACGUACCCAACUCAAGUAAACGAGGAUCAGGAUGGAUACAUGCGUAUUUCCUGCUGCUCUUGGUUUGCAAAUUUUCCGUACUUUCCCUGUGUGCAAGUGUGGCGGGAUCCAAAUUUGAACACGAAGGAUUUUGUCCCAACAAGCUGAGCUCCAACCUGUGGGUUGAUGCGCAAAGCACCUGUGAGAGGGAAUGUAACGUCGAUGAGGACUGUGCUGACUUUGAGAAAUGCUGCACUAAUGUGUGUGGCCUCAACAGUUGUGUAGCUGCACGUUUCUCUGAUGGCACCCCUGCACAGCCAGAAGGGCAGGGUGGAGGACAAGGAGAUGAUGCCCCCAUCUCCACAGCUACCUGUGAUGGCUUUAUGUGCAGCCAGCAGGGAGCAACUUGUGACAUCUGGGAUGGGCAGCCCAUCUGCAAGUGCCAGGACAGAUGUGAAAAAGAACCCAACUUCACCUGUGCUUCAGAUGGCCUCACCUACUUCAACCGCUGCUAUAUGGAUGCAGAGGCCUGUAUCCGUGGGGUGACUUUGACUGUGGUCACUUGUCGUUUCUACCUCGCCGGGCCCCACACCAGCCCAGUGCCUCAGGACACUACAGCUCAUCCUACCCCAACAUCCUCUCAAGAGGACCCCAUGCCCCCCACACUGUACUCCAACCCUCACCACCAGUCCAUCUAUGUCGGAGGCACAGUCAGCUUCCACUGUGACGUUAUUGGAGUCCCCAGACCUGAUGUAACGUGGGAGAAACAGAGUGGUCGGCGUGAACGGCUGGUCAUGAGGCCUGAUCAGAUGUAUGGCAACGUGGUUAUCACCAACAUUGGACAGCUAGUCAUUUACAAUGCCCAGGUGUGGGAUACAGGUAUCUACACCUGCAUCGCACGGAAUUCUGUGGGGGUUCUUCGUGCAGACUAUCCAUUGUCUGUGAUCCGCCGGGCUGAUGAUGAUUUCUCUGAAGAUCCUGAGAUGCCCAUGGGACGGCCGUUCUCUCCAGCUGACUGUCUGGCUGAAGUAGAUCUGAGAGUGUGCAGUGGAGAGCGUCAUGUGGAUUGGUAUUAUGACAACAAGGUGGGCUCCUGCCUGGCCUUCAGCAACGGUGGGUGCGAUGAGAGUCGUAAUCAGUUUGAGACUUAUGAGGAGUGCAAGGCCUCCUGUCAGAGAGAGGGGAUGGGCAUCUGCUCCCUGCCUGCUGUUCAGGGUCCCUGCAAGACUUGGGAGGCACGUUGGGCCUGGAAUUCCCUCAUGAAAAAGUGCCAAGCCUUCGCCUAUGGUGGCUGCCACGGGAAUGCCAACAGCUUCCGCACCAAAAAGGAGUGUGAGGCCAACUGCCCACAACCCAAAAGGAAAACUUGUAAGACUUGUCGGGUGAAGGGGAAAAUGGUGCCCAGCCUAUGCCAAAGCGACUUUGCUAUUGUGGGACGGCUGACAGAGCUGGUUGAGGAUCUGGACUCUGGGUUAGCCCGCUUUAGCUUGGAAGAAGUCCUGAAAGAUGAAAAGAUGGGACUUACUCUCUUCAAUACCAGACAUCUAGAGGUAACUAUUGCCAAGAUAGACUGGAGCUGUCCCUGUCCCAACAUCACCAUGGAGGAGAACCCUUUGCUGGUGAUGGGUGCGGUGCAGGACGGCAUGGCCAUCAUCCAGUCAGACAGCUACGUCAGAGCCAUAACUGAACGCAGACUGAAGAAGCUACGAGAGGUUCUGGAAAAAAAGGCCUGCAAGGCGUCGUGAAAAUCCCAGGACUUAUUAGCCCACAGAGGGUCUGUGGUCACCUUUAGCACUGACAGCUGAUAUUUAAUAACAAAAGACAUAAAUAUGUUCACUAUUGUAUGUUUAUGAAGUUAUGAGGUAAUUUGUACACUAUACAGUAUAUUCAUUACACCACAGGUUGUACUACACAUUCCAGAUGU